GGCUGUUGACCACGAGGACCCCGGCGACAAGUCCCGCCACCGCUACCGCCCUUCUCCGGUCGCCCGAGAAGGGUGAUCUCGUUUGUGCGUGUGUGCGCGGAGGGGACAUGUUCUGUGUGCAGUACAGUGGAGUCGCGACGCAUUUCGCACAUUUGGCGGCAUAUUUUGUGACUCUGGAGCCGGUGACGGUGCAACAGUAUAUAUAAGAAACUAGAGGGCUAGGCCAAGCCAUCAGUAGUAGUUUUAGGUUGCUCUACGUUAAUGUAGAGCUUUUUUCACGUUAGUUGCGUUUUUCGUCCGUCGAUCGAGUCGGCCCUUGCGUUUUCGGGAAUUCUAUUCUUUGGUAUCGAGUCGUGCGUGAAAGUGCGUUUUGUGCAAAUUUCUGCCGGAAAUUUGGUAAACCCACUGCAUCAACAUGAAGCUUUUUGCUACAAUCUCGAUUGUAGCUUUAAUAGCGACUAGUUUAGCGAACCCCGCUCCGGAUUGCCCACCGGGUGGCCAUGGCUACUCCUACCCUGCUCCUGAAGUCCAACUCUCUGUUGGUAAAGCUAUUAAUAGUGUUAGCGUGACGCCAGGAUUCUCUUCAUAUUCGGUUGGUGGCGCCCUGAAAUACGCAUCUGUGGGACCUUCAUACAGCUCGUACGAGGCUUCUCCAGCAUUCUCAGCCCAUGGACUUGGAUCCGAUUUGAGGGUCGCAAGCUACGUUCCAGCAGUUAAGACUGUUGCUGCAACUCCAGGCGUAGUGUACGCUGAUAAAAUUGCAGGUGCAUCAUAUGCCUCAGUGCUUCCAGCCGCCAAAGUAGUUUCUGCUGCUCCAGCUUAUGUUACCAAAGAAUAUCUGCCUCCAUCGAAGACGAUCGUAUCUACCGGUCCAGCAUACUCGUCUUAUGUAUCGGCUCCUGCUGUUUCGGCGUACUCAGCUAUUCCUGCUGUAUCUUCAUAUGUUUCGGCACCAGCUGUGAGCAAAUUUGUUGCUUCUCCUGGUUACAGUUACGCUGCUGCAGCUCCCAUAGCGAAGGUUGCUACCUAUUCUGCUCCAGUCGCUAAAGUAGCUUCAUAUGCAGCUCCGGCAGUUAGCUAUGCUGCUCCAGCUGUUAGCUACGCCGCUUAUGCUCCAGCAACAAAGGUAGCUUAUGCUGCUCCAGUAACCAAAUACGCUAGUUAUGCCGCACCAGCAAGCUAUGCCGCCUAUGCUCCAGCCGCGAAAAUAGCCUACUCUGCCCCGGCCGUUUCAUACGCUGCUGCUGCACCUGCAGUGGCGAAAUACGUUUCAUCACCAGCUGUUUCAUCAUACUACGCCACUCCUGCAGUAACUAAAUAUGCAGCUACCCCCGCUAUAUCCGCGUCAUAUGUCUCGGCUCCUGCUAUUGCAAAGGUUGCCACGUAUGCGGCUCCUGCCGUAACUCAAUAUGCCCCCUACUCAGCCCAUUCUUAUGCUCCUGCUAUCUCAUCUGCAUACGUAUCCUCUCCAGUUGUUUCUAAAGUGGGAUACGCUCCUGCUGUAGCCAAAUAUGUGUCAGCUCCUGCCAUUUCAGCUUAUUCUGCAGCUCCAGCUGUUUCAUCUUACUAUUCUUCUCCUGCCAUUUCUAAGGUAGUAUCCGCACCAGCAUACUCUUCAUACGUGUCAACUCCGGCUAUCGCGAAAGUAGCCGCUGUUCCUGCUUACUCGUCUUCCUAUGUGUCCCCAGCCAUUACCAAGGUUUCUGCUGUUCCUGCUUACUCGGCUGCAUAUGCUGCACCAGCAAUUGCCAAGGUUGCCACUGUUCCUUCCUAUUCGGCAUCCUAUGUAGCUCCCGCCAUUGCUAAGGUUGCUACCGUUCCUGCAUAUUCUGCAUCAUAUGUUGCUCCAGCCGUUACCAAGAUUGCUGCAGUACCAGCUUAUUCGUCAUCAUAUGUUGCCCCAGCGAUUACCAAAGUCGCUGCGGUUCCGGCUUACUCGGCUGCCUAUGCUACGCCAGCGGUCACAAAAUUCGCAGCAGCACCAGCGUAUUCGACUUCAUACGUUUCUGCUCCUGCAGUUGCAAAGGUGGCAGCUAUACCAGCGGUUUCUGCCUCGUAUGUCACUCCGGCUGUUACCAAAUAUGCAUCUGUUCCGGCUAUUUCUAGUGCGUAUGUAUCAGCGCCCGCUAUUGCUAAAUACUCCACCGGUCCAGCUUAUGCUGCAUAUAGCUCAGGUCCAGCAUAUGCUGCUUACAGUGCUGGUCCAGCAGUAUCAAAACUAGCAGUUGGUCCUGCUGUUUCUGCCUACAGCUCUGGUGCUGCAUUCUCUAAGCUUGUUUCAGGACCAGCAUAUUCCAGUUAUGUUAGCUCUCCUGCCGUCGCCAAGGUUGUUGCCACUCCAGCAGUGGCUGCAUACAGUGCAUCUCCAGCUUACAGUGCAUACUCUGUUGGUCCAGCUGUUACGAAAUAUGCUGCUGGUCCAGCUAUUGCAGCAUACUCAAGUACUGGAGCCGGCCAUGGAUACUAUGCAGGAUCAGCUAUCUCUUCCGCCCACUAUGGAGGAAUUCGUUAUGCUGCUGCUGCUCCCGCUUAUGCUACCACAUACGCCGCAGCACCAGCUGCUACAAUUGUCAAAUCUGCCGUACCAGCGACUAUCGUGAAAACCGUUGCAGAGAAGCAUGUGGAAUAUUACGAUGACCAUCCCCGAUAUGCCUUCGAGUACGGCGUUAACGACCCUUUGACUGGUGACAACAAACACCAGCGGGAAGAGCGUGACGGAGAUGUCGUUCGCGGACAAUACUCUCUAGUCGAACCUGAUGGUAAUGUGCGCACUGUUGACUACUACGCAGACUGGGCCACCGGUUUCCAUGCCACCGUAACAAACAGUCGAGACCAGGUCCAUGCGACCAAAGUGCUGGGUAAACGUGCUGUAAUAAAAGCAUAAGCAUACUCCAUGUUACCACCGUUAAACCAUGACGAAAUUUGUAUAAAUGUUUUGUUAGUUGUUAGAAUGUAAGUAACGAAAAAGUGCACAUGCAAAUUAUUUAUUGAUCGAAGUAAUAUGCCAGCCAUUAGCGAGAGAAAGAGUAACGAAGAACAUUUUAUUCGAAUGUUUAUGUUUUAUAAUUUCAUAAGUAAUAUUUUUCGUUUUAUUCCCUAUGAGUUUUUUUUAUUUCUUGUAAAUACUAAUUUCUAUUUAAAAUCUUUCUUUUAUCUCUCUUUUCUAAUAUUAAAACCUACCUUACUAUUCAGUCCAAUAUCUUUUCACUAGCAUCAUGUUUAAAUUCAACUUCAUCGACUCCUAUGUCAGAAUGCCAGCAAAAAAUAACGAAAAGCAAGUAUUUGUUUCAUUCAAAUGGAAAACGCAUGAUUUCAAUGUGAUAAAUGUGUCAUAAAGUAAUAUUUGUAUUUUCUCUAAAACUGAGAACAAAAUAUAAAAAAUAAAGAAGUA